GGGAGGAACAACACACCAGACUUGGAAGGAAGGGGAGAUGGCGGAGCUGUGCUAGUUUCAAUCUUAGCGUAUCAAUAUUAUAUUCAGCUCACAGUUUGCCAAACAAGUGAUCGUUUUCAAACACUCAACGUCCAUCCAGGAUGGCCGAGCAAAUCAGCAACGUUAGAUAUCAGGAGCUGGUGAAUGAGGAGGAGCCAGCAGCAGCCCAACCCCCUCAGGAGGAGCCAGCAGCUGUCCUGGAUGCACCUCCCCCCUACAGCAGCAUCUCAGCUGCCAACGCAGCGUUCUUUGACUACAAGGAGGAUGCAGGCAGGUUCCCCAACCCCCCGUCCUACAACGUGGCUACCACACUGCCCUCCUAUGAUGAAGCAGAGAGGACCAAAGCGGAGACCGGCGUCCCUCUGGUCCCUGGCAGGGUUGUGGAGGAUGACUUUGACGAUGCUGACCAGCUGCGCAUAGGGAAUGAUGGCAUCUUUAUGCUCACCUUCUUCAUGGCAUUCCUGUUCAACUGGAUUGGUUUUUUCCUGUCCUUCUGUCUGACCACUUCUGCAGCCGGUCGCUACGGCGCCAUCUCUGGGUUUGGCCUGUCUCUCAUCAAAUGGGUUCUCAUAGUCCGGUUUUCCACCUACUUCCCUGGCUACUUUGAUGGGCAGUACUGGCUGUGGUGGGUGUUCCUGGCUUUGGGCUUCAUGCUGUUCGUCAGAGGGUUCGUCAACUACUCCCGGGUUCGCAAAAUGGCCGAUCCUACUUACGCCACACUUCCUCGAACGAGAGUCCUGUUCAUCUACUGAAGCCGGUUUUUGAAUCAACAAAACGUCCCUGAAUCUGGAUCGAGAAUCCUGGAUGUUUGAAAAGCAUCAUACUGACAAACAGCAACAAAACUGCAGAAGUCUAAAACCAAACUACUCAGAUAACCAUCACGACACGGCAGGAUGGGAAAAAAACAACACAAUCUUGAUGAAUACAACUCUUGUAACAUUCAGGAAUUAAAUACAUCAAUUGUUUUAUUUUAUUUGAAAAACUUAAUUAAUGGAUAAUGAUAGUAUGUACUCAUUAGUGGCGAAUGUUAAGUGCUAUUUUACAUUUUUCAGUCUGUAAUGUUUGUGUAAUGCCUUAUAUCAUUUGAUGGUAGUGUUCUAGCAUGCAUCUGCACCUCAAGGGAUCAGUCUUAUUUCACUAAUACUUUAUUGAAAGCCCACAGGUGUAAUGCAUUACGAUGCAGUCGUAAUGCAUUAUAAGACUUGUCAUAAGCACUUGUAACACCUUUAUGUUCAUAGUAGUCACCAGCUCAUAGUAAUCAUGAGAUGGAGAAGAAGAAAAAAUAGUCACAUAUGGUAUUACAAUUUCUGAGUUUGUAAUAAAACAUUGACGUUUUAUACAUGCUUAUAACAAGUAAUAAUGCACUAUACCUGUUGGCUUCAUAUGAAGCGUUGCCCUUAUUUCUAGCCAGUAGAGGGCAGAGGUCUUUGCUAAAAUUUGUCAUCAUGAAUUAUUCCUAUAAUACAGAAUCCUACCUUUUUAUACGCGCACCUACCUCAACCGUAAGGUAUCGUAUGUGCACAUCUUAAGGUAAAGAUUUUGUCCAAAGUGUUUUUGUUGUACAAGUCAUACAGUUUUGUGUAGAGAAAACAAAAACAUUACGUAUGGAAAAACUAUGAUGCUAUCAGAGAAUGCAAGCAGGUGCACUUUUUAGAAACUUACUAAUAAAACGCCAGGGAGUUCCUCCCAAUGAAAUUAACAAUAAACGACCAAAUGGUAGUACCUGUAGUUAUUCAGUGAGUAUAGAGCUUUCUUAAGGGUGAAAUGGCGCUUUAUUACUUGUCGUAAGGGUGAUAUGGCAAUUUAUAACUGGUCUAUGACCGUACUAAUUAGAUUUAGUAAGAAGACGAGCAAUUAUACUCUACUUGUCGAUCUUUCUCUUUAGGCAAUUGUUGGCAUAUUGUUAACUGUAAAUGAUCUCAAACAUGCUCUGUUGGAUCACCCUGUUUGCCUGCCAGUCUGUUUUAAACCAGUUGUUUAGAUUUCUUGCUUAGCCCUAAAUGUGGAAUGGUACAGCAGAGCUACGAUCCAAACCCAGUCCUAGACACACAUUUCUCUGAUCUCUGUGUGAAAUAGUACAGCUGCAUCCUUGGGAUUUUAUUGUUAUGAGAUAUUAUGUUUUAAACUGUAAAAAGCUUCAUGUCUAAUAAAUGUCACUUUCAAAAGCGA